AUGGGCCGCGGGCGGUCGCCGUCGAAGACGCUGCAGACGCCCGAGUUUCGCUACGCGGUGGUGCAGCGCCAGCUGAAGCAUGAGGACGUGUUCUUUGUCCUGGAAGGGCUGGGGGACGGUGGGGAGGACGGCGGUGCGGACGGCGACUGGAAGGUCUUCUGCGUGGCCGACGGGCACGGGGGCCAGCGCUGCGCGAAAUUCGUGAAGGAGAACCUCGGGCCGACGCUGUCCCGGCUGCUGCCCUGCGUGGAACGCAUGCCUUCGCUGGACAGUCCAGAGGGCGAGGAGUUCGCGGAGGCUGUCCGCAAAGCGAUGGUGGAGGCCUUCAUGUCCAUCCAUGCGGACUUCGAGUUGGAGGGCUGCCGCGCUUCAGGGACCACCGUCUCAGUCGCUCUCGUGCGGGACUGGCUGCUGACCGUAGCCAACGUUGGAGACAGUGAGGUGUUUCUGGACACGCGACACCAUAUCAUCGAGAUGUCUUGUUGCCACAAACUGAACGACAAUGAGCCGGAGCAACACCGGCUGAGGUCGGCAGGGGUUAAGUUGGCGACACUCUGCCGCUCCAAACGGGGCCCACCAGCGGAUGGCGAAAGGGGCAUUGGGCCCCUCAGGGCGUGGCCUGGAGGCAUCGCGAUGUCCCGCUCCCUUGGAGACAUCGACUGCGGCCCCCACGUGCUCCCCGUGCCGCACAUUCGGCAGGUGAUGCUGCCCCGUUCUGGUGCUCGCCUCAUCCUGGCCUCCGAUGGUCUGUGGGAUCACGUUUCUGGAGUCAAGGCCUGUAAGUAUUCAAGGGCCUCCCUGCUGAAGCAUGCUCCCAAGCGACUCAUCAACCUUGCGGCAUCAAUCGCUGGCCGCCUCUCAGACGACACCACCAUCCUGACGGUCGACAUUGUGCCCCAAUUGAGCCGCGACUUUUCAGAUACUGGGGACAGUGUUGCUGGCCAGGUGCUCAGGGGUUUCCGAAACGUGGUGCGUAGAACGUUGCUCAAGGGGCGUCGAUUCUGGGCUGGUGCAAAGAGCAUGUGCUCCUACUAUGCUGAUGUCGACGGGAUGAAGGAGUACCCUGAGGUCCUGCAGAACGACUACUCCACACCUUCCACGACCCCCUCGCCGCCGCCCGUUUCGGGCACCAGUCGGAGGUGGAGGUCAAAAUCGGGGUCGAGGGAGCAGUCAAAGAGUUCCGGCUCUGAUGGGUGGGACUUGUGCUCUUCUCCCUGGAAUUAUUCCUUUGUCGAAAGCGACAUCACGGUGACCACCAGGCUGAACGGCACGGAGGCAGAGAACUGGAGGAUCAUGGACUCUGCCCAGUUUUACGCGGAUGACACAUUCGGCCAGUCCACAAGGAAGGGCCCGGGGGGCCAGAGCCUGCUGGGGGUUGCCAUUGAGGAGGACGACUCCAGCGCCUGUACAAACGACUUGUACGAAGAAGUGUUUUGA